UCAUCUCCUCCGACAGCACCCAACUUACCCUCGACGCUGGAGUCAUCGUGCCCUUCAAUUCAAAAUAUUUCGGAAUCUCAGGACUCGACGAUGUUAUCGCAAUGUUCACCGCAUUCUUCACGCCGUCAAUCGGAGGUCUCGAUCCCAUCGGUAGGCUACAAGCCAUUGCCUUUCUCGUGGAUCUGAUUCCGCUGCAGGUUAUUUGGAUGGUUGAGGGGUCGAGAGUCGGGGAUGUUGGGAGGAUUACCGCGAAGUUUCGCACAGCAAUCACGCUCCUCACCCAGUUAGGUGGAAUUGCUUAUGUAGCGCCGAUAUACUGCUUUCUGCACUACAUCGAAUCACCACUCUCUCGAUAUCCGACAGAAAAAGAGAGGAGUGUGAAGAGGAACGAGCUUAAGACGACACUGCCGACGAUUGGGCUGGCUUAUAUCGCGCCAACAGUAGCGAUGUUCUCAGUCCCGGGCCUCGUAAACAGACAGUGGAUAAACGGUGUUUUCUUCCAGCCUUUCCCUCUCUAUGCUGCCGUUGUGCAACGACUACUUGCACGAUUCGCUAAGCAAAUUGAAGGGGAGGAGGAGAACGUCAAAGACAGAGGAGAGAAUGAGAAUGCAGAUCUCUCCGGUCUGAUAAACCUUGCUUAUGGACUUUCCGGAGCUGCGUCCGCGGGAGUUUAUCUUUACCUAUGGCUCUUCUCGCCUGUCCCUAUGUCACGCAUCUUUUUCUCUAAUCUUCGAAAUCCCGAAGCAGAGCACACGAUGCUUUAUGGCGCCGCGAAGGUGUUGAGGUAUGAUCAAAUUUGUUCUUUUGGUGCCGGGGCAGUGUGGACGUUGUUGCACUUCUGGGAUCUGAAAAGAGAGGGCUUGCUUAAAGUGGGAUUGGGGAGGAUCGUGGGUGUGUUUGCGGGGACGAUGGUGGUUUGUGGACCGGGGGCGGGCAUGGCUGUUAUGUGGGCGUGGAGGGAGAGUGUUUUGAGGGCGUGGAAGCCGUCGGAAGGUUUUGAUUCGGCACCACAAUUGGCUGAGUAAUACUCUUAACUUCCAUAUGUUGUGCAACCCGGAAAUUCGCCAUAGGGCUACGUGCCGCUACCUUUUUAUUGACUUUAAUCUAUUUGAUAUCAGGCGAGGCUUUCCUUGUCCAUCGCGAGCGCUCGGAUGAUGUUCCUCGGGUUCCACGGGUUCCA